CGCCGAAGGGCGGGCGGAGGCGCCGGGGUGGGCCGCGCCGCGGCAGGCGGGCGGGCGGGGGGCGCUUCCUGGGGCCGCGCGUCCAGGGAGCUGUGCCGUCCGCCCGUCCGUCUGCCCGCAGGCAUUGCCCGAGCCGCCAGAGCCGCGGGCCGCGGGGUUGUCGCGGGCCCAACCCCAGGAUGCUCCCCUGCGCCUCCUGCCUACCCGGGUCUCUACUGCUCUGGGCGCUGCUACUGUUGUUCUUGGGGUCAGCUUCUCCUCAGGAUUCCGAAGAGCCCGACAGCUACACGGAAUGCACAGAUGGCUAUGAGUGGGACCCAGACAGCCAGCACUGCCGGGAUGUCAACGAGUGUCUGACCAUCCCUGAGGCCUGCAAGGGGGAAAUGAAGUGCAUCAACCACUACGGGGGCUACUUGUGCCUGCCCCGCUCCGCUGCCGUCAUCAACGACCUACACGGCGAGGGACCCCCGCCACCAGUGCCUCCCGCUCAACACCCCAACCCCUGCCCACCAGGCUAUGAGCCUGACGAUCAGGAGAGCUGUGUGGAUGUGGACGAGUGUGCCCAGGCCCUGCACGACUGUCGCCCCAGCCAGGACUGCCAUAACUUGCCUGGCUCCUAUCAGUGCACCUGCCCUGAUGGUUACCGCAAGAUCGGGCCCGAGUGUGUGGACAUAGACGAGUGCCGCUACCGCUACUGCCAGCACCGCUGCGUGAACCUGCCUGGCUCCUUCCGCUGCCAGUGCGAGCCGGGCUUCCAGCUGGGGCCUAACAACCGCUCCUGUGUUGAUGUGAACGAGUGUGACAUGGGGGCCCCAUGCGAGCAGCGCUGCUUCAACUCCUAUGGGACCUUCCUGUGUCGCUGCCACCAGGGCUAUGAGCUGCAUCGGGAUGGCUUCUCCUGCAGUGAUAUUGAUGAGUGUAGCUACUCCAGCUACCUCUGUCAGUACCGCUGCGUCAACGAGCCAGGCCGUUUCUCCUGCCACUGCCCACAGGGUUACCAGCUGCUGGCCACACGCCUCUGCCAAGACAUUGAUGAGUGUGAGUCUGGUGCGCACCAGUGCUCCGAGGCCCAAACCUGUGUCAACUUCCAUGGGGGCUACCGCUGCGUGGACACCAACCGCUGCGUGGAGCCCUACAUCCAGGUCUCUGAGAACCGCUGUCUCUGCCCGGCCUCCAACCCUCUAUGUCGAGAGCAGCCUUCAUCCAUUGUGCACCGCUACAUGACCAUCACCUCGGAGCGGAGCGUGCCCGCUGACGUGUUCCAGAUCCAGGCGACCUCCGUCUACCCCGGUGCCUACAAUGCCUUUCAGAUCCGUGCUGGAAACUCGCAGGGGGACUUUUACAUUAGGCAAAUCAACAACGUCAGCGCCAUGCUGGUCCUCGCCCGGCCGGUGACGGGCCCCCGGGAGUACGUGCUGGACCUGGAGAUGGUCACCAUGAAUUCCCUCAUGAGCUACCGGGCUAGCUCUGUACUGAGGCUCACCGUCUUUGUGGGGGCCUACACCUUCUGAGGAGCAGGAGGGAGCCACCCUCCCUGCAGCUACCCUAGCUGAGGAGCCUGUUGUGAGGGGCAGAAUGAGAAAGGCAAUAAAGGGAGAAAGAAAGUCCUGGUGGCUGAGGUGGGCGGGUCACACUGCAGGAAGCCUCAGGCUGGGGCAGGGUGGCACUUGGGGGGGCAGGCCAAGUUCACCUAAAUGGGGGUCUCUAUAUGCUCAGGCCCAGGGGGCCCCAUUGACAGGAGCUGGGAGCUCUGUACCACGAGCUUCAGUCACCCCGAGAGGAGAGGAGGUAACGAGGAGGGCGGACUCCAGGCCCCGGCCCAGAGAUUUGGACUUGGCUGGCUUGCAGGGGUCCUAAGAAACUCCACUCUGGACAGCGCCAGGAGGCCCUGGGUUCCAUUCCUAACUCUGCCUCAAACUGUACAUUUGGAUAAGCCCUAGUAGUUCCCUGGGCCUGUUUUUCUAUAAAACGAGGCAACUGGACUGUUA